CAACAUUGUUUACAGUCCAAGUGGAGGUAGAAGGAAGUGGAUUUCUCGACUAAAAGCCGACUGCAAACCUCUUGGUUCCUGUAGAUUUCCACUCUGGAGUGAAUUAUCGACGAUGAAAUAAUCAGACGAAUCAAAAGAGUGAAUAAGGCUGAUCCACACGAUGACGAUGGAUCCACUGCAGUGUUUCCCCCCAUGUACAAUGUUAGCUACCCAGGAAGGUAGUAUUUGCGGGGAUGGUGGUGUCCAGGGUGGGCGAAGCCCCCCCGGCCAGGGCACAGCCCCCUAGGUCAGAAUUGCUAGAGGGAGUUCCUGUUUCAUCUUAUUGAUAGGUUUUUACUACAUGAGUGAGAUUUGACCACACUUUCAAAACAAAUAGCAGGAUGUCUUCUAUCAGUGAAACAUCAGUAUGGCUAAAGUUCUUCACUGAGGCUGGGAUACCUCCAAGUGAUGCCACCACGUAUGCCAUCACAUUUACUGACAAUCGGAUCAAGCAAGAAAUGAUACUCGAUCUAAAUAAAGAGUAUUUGCGUGAUAUGGGAAUUACGGUCAUGGGAGAUGUUAUUGCAAUACUGAAGCAUGCAAAAGUUUACUGUGCACAAAAGUCGAGACAAAAAGUUAUGCAGUCCUCUACUCCCUCAUCUGAAACUGAUUCAUCAAAUUCUACCGGGAGCAAGAAAAACACACCUGCUUCAAGGAUGUUAGAACACUAUGUACGCAAGGAGACCGUCCCACCAAGAUCAAAUACUCCACCUUCACGAAAGCGGCCAUUGGAUGAAGAAGAGGCUAUCUCUAACAAACGAAACUCAGUUUUUAAUAGGUUAGGAGACAACAGUGUAUCAAGCACAACUUCUGAUAACCCUAAGAUAACUGUGACUAUGCAUGGGAGAGAUCUGUUUCGUUCAUCCGCAAGUGACAGUAGUAGGAAGUCUCCAGUUUUUCAGAGGCUUUGUAAGGAUGAUCUUGUAAAUGGAGGCUCAGAAGAUUCAGAAUUUAGCUUUGGAAAGACAAAACCUUUGGAAUAUCAAGGAAUACUGAAGUAUUCUACAAAAGAGGCUUUUGAGAGAUCCAUAUCUGCUAAGAAGAACAUAGCUACAAUGAAGGCUGAUACAACCACUGGAGUCAAGAGUAGAUUAGGAGUGAAGAGUGUGUCUGCCAGUGAUUCCACAACAAGUGCUGGAAUUUUUGCCAAAGAAGUGGACUCGUUCCUCAAAGUAAAAACUCCAAGUAAAGCUUCUGCUAGGCUUGCACCCUCAUCUACUAUCAAGUCAGGUACUUUGUCCAAAAUGAAGUCAGGGACCACCCCCUUAAAAAUUACAGCUUCCACUACUAGAAACACAGGAUCUCCAGAGCGUACAGUACGAGUAGUUGCUGCAACUUCGUCCUCUUCAUCUGCUGCUAGAGAUGAACGGAUUAUCAAAUCAGCAAAGAGCAGAGCACUUGAAGUCCUUGGUGAGAGGAGGUCUUCUCUUAAAACUGAAGUGAGAUCUACUGGUAAAACUGGUGUUUUCAGUAGACUAAGCCUUGGUAAGUGAUUUUUUUAGUUUUAUCCUAAUGGAGCUCUCCUUUCAUUAUAUUGAAAUUGGUAGAACAAAUGAGCAACAUUAUUUGUAAAUGUUGGUAUUUUAUCACUGCCUAUCUCUUUACAUUUAUGCUGUAAGGCAUGAGUGUUGCAUUUGGCUCUAUAUGUAAAGAUGUAUAUUAGCCAGAACUGAAAGAUUUUAAAAAUACUAAUGAAGAUGAAUUUGUUUCAUAUUGUUAGAAGAAUUGUGACUUCUCUGUCUAUAUUUAAAUAUACAAAAAUCUUGUAUUUGUGAACUACUAUAUGAUAAAAACAUAUUGAAAGUGAAGUUUAUUUUAUUGUAGUAAGUCUCGAUUAUUACACUGAAUAAUUAUUUACAUAUGUUAAUGCAUUAUGUAAAUAGAAUUCCUUGUAUCUUCUAAAUUAAGAUUUAUUAAUCUUCCAAUGACACCCAAGAAAAAGUUAUCUUUUUUCCUCUGUUAUUUCUCCAGAUUUUUUUGAAAUCAGGUAGCUGAUGCAUUCUUAUAGCUAAAGUUUUUAAUCUUGAUAGAUAUACCUUUCCCAGAUAUCAAUAUGCAUAUUUAUUAUUUAUGAUCUUGUGUGUGUUUCUGUCUGUGUACUGUAAAGUACAUAGACAAUUUUAUGAUGAUUACCACAUUGUCAUACAAGUUUGGUGUUGGCAUUCAGUGAGUUAUUUAUUGGUCCAAUGAUUUUAAGCUCGCAGUGGUUGGUUAUAAAUAACUUGUUCCCUUUCUAGUGUUUGUUUAAGUUUCAAGCAUUUGGCUUUAACUUAUGGCCUAGAUAAUUUGUGGAUAGUUGUGAAAUCAUUUGGUAAUUCUUCAAUAAAAAAUUUGUUUACCCGUGAUUCCUUUAGAUCUUUCUUGACUUUGUUUUGGAGCAGCAGGGCAAGUCUUCAGUAUGAACCUAGUUACUAAAUAUUAAAUUUUUCCAUAUUGCUUUCCUAUGGUAAAUAAGAGUAAAGUUUAUGGAGUAGUUUUGAUUGACUUUGUGUUGCCCUUACAGAAUGUCUGAUAGUUUUAAUGCUGUCAUAAAGAUUGCUACAUGGCAGAUAAGAGCUGAUAAGGUUUGCUUUCUCAUUGUAUGGCUAUGAUAAAUUGUUUUAGGUAAGUUAAUGUACAUGAUAGAUAAACUUGUAAUAGGAAAAGGUAGUUUUUAUUAGGACUAACUCUAAUUACUGUUCCAAUAUUUGACCUUGUAGAACAGUUUUAUUGCAAUACUACAGUCAAACCUCGGUUUUCGUAGACUUUUUUCUACAAAAUUUUGUCUCGGUUAUAGUACAUCUCCUCGGUUUUUUGUACACUGAAACGCUCCAUUUGGGGCCAAGCGUGUGGCUAGGCCCAGUAUCGAGUGCCAUAAACGAGGCAUCCCUUUUUCUUUCGUGCCCCAUUCUGCUUUUGUGUUCAUUGUUUUUGUGCUUUCUUAUUCGAGUGCAACUGCUAAAUAACCAAAAAUUUGGCCAAAAAAAGAUCCAAGUGCUAGCCCUUUUGUAAAAAAGGCAAGAAACACUAGAAUUUAAGAAAGAACUUGUAGCAAAGUGUUGGAGGAAGUUGCAUGCUGAUCUCAGCACUGCUGUUAGUGAAUUUAAGGCCAGUAGGGGCUGUUUUGAAAAAUUCAAAAAGCAAAGAGGCGUACAUAAUGUGCCUACUUCAGGGAUUAAGGACAUGUUUGCAAAGUGGAAUGAUAUAAAAAAAAAAAUUUGUGGAGAAUUGUCAUCCCAUAAGUAGUUGUAAUCCAUGUCUCCAACAUGUUUAAUAACAACAUCAUGUUUAACUUUAGGCAAAUUUUAAAGAAAUGCCAGAGAAAAAUUUCUCUGGAUAGUUUUGUUGUGUGACAGGGGUCCAGUAACUCUCAAGCUGGUCCUAGUGCCAGUAAAAAACAAAGUGGGGAAUUAACCUCAGAUAGUGCCAGUAAAAAAUGAGGUCCUUGAUACCUCAAGUCCUUCUGGAGGGAGAUUCCCCUUCCAAACAAUACUUCUCCUCCUCCCUCUCCCCUCCUCUUCAUCUUCCAUACGUUGACAGGUGUUUUCCAUAAAGGUAAGAGUGAUGUUAAAUGUUCAUUUAUUCAUUUCAUUAGUCAUUUAUAUUUAUUUCUCAUGGUUUUUGUUUUCUGCAUGUAAAACUGUGUUUAUUCACUGUAAAAUGUAUUUUAAAAAAUAUUUUGGGGUGUCUGGAACGCAUUAAUUGUAUUUACAUUAUUCCUUAUGGGAAUUACUAUUCCAGUUUUCAUACAUUUCGAGUUUCGUAGGAGGUUCUGGAAAGGAUUUUGUACGAAAACCGAGGUUCCACUGUACUUGGAUUGUUUUUGGUUAAUGGCGACCUUGUUUUGUUGUGUUGAAUUAGACUUACAGUUAAGGUAAUCAGUAAAUGCUGCAUGAUUUACACAGUGGUUUUAACCUAUUUCAUCCUAUGAACCCCUAAGACUCUUCAGGAUAUUACCGUAACCCCUAUAAUACAUUUUGAAAUAGUGAACCUUGUGAAAAUUUAAGAUAAAACAAAAUGAUAGGAAGACCAUGGGUUAUUAAAAACGCCACAAACGAAAAUCUUGUAAAAUUCCACAUAGCCAUUACAAAUGCCAGAACAUUGUGAAUUCCAUACAACUAUUGAACAUCAUACAAAGAAAAAAAAUUAUGUCUCAUUCACUUAGCAGGAGGGUUGAAAUUGUUUUGCAGCCAUAAGUCUAUGGAGAGGUAACAAGUUACACUCACCAAAAUGGUAAAAGCCCAAUAGGCUAAUUCAAAAUUAUGAAAAUAAGUUAUAUUCUCCCAAACCCUUUGUGACCCCCUGAGAAACCCUAAACAACCCCUAGGUUAAGAACCACUGAUUUACACAGUUCUUUGCAGCUUGAGAGAUAGUUUCCAUAUGAAUGUCAGAUUCUUAGGUGCCUCUGGCUUUUCUGUAGUUUGUUUAAUCUGGUAUAAUGUAGGAAAAUACUUUAGGUUGUCUCAUUUUAUUAGUCCUUUGCAAAUUGUUGUUUUCCUUUGUGUGAAAAAACUUUUUUUUUUUUUUUUUUUUUGGUGGAAGAGGAAAAACUUAGACUGAGAAAGCUGAAUACUAUAAGAAAGAUGGUAUACAUUAUACUUUAUAUUGUAGUUGAAUUUAUCCUACAUGUUUGUAUCAUGACACUUAAUUUUUGUUUUUAUAAGUUUUUGUUUAAGAAAGAAGUCAUGACAUUUUAGAAAGACUGUUAGAUUGUAAAAAGAAUUGAUAGAAGUUGGCAUUGCCAAUGUAAACUUAACCUCAAGUUUAAAGAAAAGAAGACAAAAAUUUGCAUUGUGCUGAACAUUUAUCACAAGCUCUGUAUUAUCAAUGUUUAACUAUAUUUUUAUAACAUUUAAAGUAUGGUAUUACCUUUUACAAAUUUACUAGAUUUAAAGUAAAUUAUGAAACCACCAAUUUUCACAACUGAGGGUACUGUGACCCCAAAUUUUUUGUUGGUGAGCAAACCAGCAUGUGUACAAAACAUUAUUUACUGAGGUAAGCAUAGCAAUUUCUCUGCAUCUUAUAUUUUUUUCAGUUGUGGGAAUGAUUCCUUUAAUCUUCAGUCUCUGAAGAAAUGAGUCCUUCCAUAUUUCUUUUGGUUUCCAAUUGGCCUUAGCUAGAGAAAGAUAAAGGGUUUCCCAUCCAAUCAGCCUUUGCCUAAAAGAUCCUGUAUGCUAAUUAUCAAACUGAAGAUUCUGCCUUUUUUUCAGAAAUCUUUUAAAGGUAAAUUUGCUGUUCCUAUGGUCUGUCCUGAAAUAUAUAAAUUUGUAGUUUGGUUGUUUUGAUUUGUGUUAAUUUCCAAUUUAAGAAAAGGAUCCCUACAUAACAUUAAUCGAUUAAGUUACAGAAUUUUAUUUUCUUUCAACAUCACUAUUAACACCACAGUUGUAUAUGCUCUCUGCUUCAUGACAUGUUCCAACAAGAGGGACAGAAAUGAAAAGAUCAAUAUACCAAUUUCAGUAUUAUUUUAAAGUAGUUAAUCAGACCACUGAGUUUACAUAUCUAGUUAGUCAUAUGGGUGGACUAAAGGAUCGGUUGUCACAUGGGUGGACUAAAGGAUCUGAUGAUACUUGAGGUGAAAACUGAAUCAGGAGCAAGGUAAAGAAUACUCAAAAAUAGUGGCAGCUGUUUGAUCAAUACGUGACACUUCAGGUGGCACGUGCAUUAUGGUGAAACUGAUCUUCUGUCUGUUAGGUAAAAGAAUGUAGUGUCCAGAAACAUUGAAGAGACUGAUGUAGGCAUAUAUAUUUGAUGGGUUAGGAAUGUUUAAAUUGUAUUUGUAAAAAAAAAGUGUCAAGUUUGGCUCUAAUGUUCUUUUCUGUGUAGUUAGCUGAGAAUUGAUACUUCUCUUUUGACACAUUAAAUUUUAUCUACAAAGUUGGCAUUUAUUGUGAUAUGUCAAUUAAUAUUUCUGGAUUGCUUAGUUUUAUGUAAUUCUUAAAAUAUUUGUUUUCCUGAUACAACUUAUAGUUUAGAUUUACAAUGGAUUAUCAUUUGUAAAUAGAGAGUAAAUAAAAAAUUUUAAUUU